CGCUCGCAUCGCAGUCGUUUAUGUUCUUUGCUGGUUGGCGGAUGGUCGAGGUCUGUCGGUUGCUGGUUGUGUUUUUUGAUGUAGAAAUUUUCCUUCGACUCCUCGCGAUUGGUGCGUUGACUUGCCAGGACUUCCGGAGAACCCUUCGCUACCCUUGACUUCCGAUCGUUCCAUUCGUCCUUCAGCGCCCGAAUCAGCUGAGUGGGAAGUCCCCGUGCGCGGACAACAGGACAUUGUUGAGGUGACUCGAGUGCGACCAAAACAGUGAAAAAGUUUCCCAGCUGACGACGGGACUCCAGACAGCUGGCGGCGCGCAAUAAGUCGUGAGCGACGCAAAAAAGACGGAAGUGCCUGAGCGAGCGCUGACGACGCAAGAGGUGAAUGGACGGCGCUUUGGCUCCGGUCCCUGGAGUGUCGACUGUGAAAGUGCUUGAGAUCCGCGAGUGCUGCGUUGUGCGAGUCGCGCGGUCGGAAUCGAGGUCUGCCCGCCCAGAACAAAGAAAGCUCUAGGCGCCCUCCCGCAGCCACUCGGUCGCUCGCUCGAUUCCCGUUCUCGCGGGUGCCCUACUUUCACAAGUCGAGCGAUUUCUGCUCGAGUUGGACGAAUUCUCGGCGCGGGUGCGAGUUACGGGCGUUCGUGGAGAAGGUGCUCGGUGGGCCAGCGCGGAUCAAGGACCUGUGAAGGAGCAAGCGAACGAUGCCUUUCAUUUCCAAGGACUGGCGGUCGCCUGGCGAGAUCUGGGUGAAGACGGACGAGGGCUGGCAGCAGCUCAAAGUGCUGGAGUGCGGCAAAAGGAAAAGGCUACCGUCAACGUCGGAGGACGAGGAAAACGAGGACAUUGUUGUUCAACCCCACUGCCACAUUACAAUACGAUGCACCCGAGAAAUUGCAGGGUUUAAUGGACUCGGUGAUGCCGUGCGACGAUUAGACUUUCGAAGAUCCGUCCGGGAUCGUAGACGUUUUCAUUAUAUUUGCGCAUUUUUAAGACUUUUAGUGACGGCAAAGGGUAUUGCAAGUUUGCCAGGAAGUGUUCAACGUUUAUUAUUGCAAAUGAUUGAGGAAGUAGCUGCUCAAGUAAGUGAUAGCCAACAAAAUAUUAAUGUUUUGCGCGGUCUAGCUGUACAAUUACAAGAUAUUGUCAAUAAAGAGAAUCAAAAAUGUUGGGGCAAACCAUUAGGAAGUCAAGAUUUAUGGAAAAACCAUGUGAAAACAAUACAAAGGAUUCAAAGUAUAACUAGUCAAAUAGAAAUUACGGAGCCCGGACCAGAAAUUCGUCCAAAAUUACACGAUUUACCUGAAGAGUGCAUUAGAGAAAUUAUUCUACGUAUUGCUGAUCAUAAAGAUUUAGAGUCCUCUUCAAACGCUUGGCAUCUAAUGGCAGCUAUAGUAUCUGAGCAACGUAUUUGGCGUGAAUUAUGUCGUUUCCACUUUACCCAUAAUCAAAUUAAUUUCAUUUUAAAUAAAUUAGAAUAUAAACGUUUACGAGACGUAAAAGAUUGGAAACCAAUCUAUCAUGAAUUGCGUAAAAGAUAUGGUGUUACAGAGGAUCAUCAAUAUGGUGAAGUGUUAUCGUUAUGUCGUUAUUGCUGUUGCCUAUUCUGGCCAUCGGCCGGACAUCCUUGUAUCGUUGAUGAAUCGCCUGAUUUUAAAGCACGCCUCGAAGAAGCUGGCGGACAAUUAGAGGUUUCACAACCAAUAACGCCGGCCGAUUUUUUGAAAUAUUUUUCACUAUGAACGCGAUUGAUGUUGUGUUGUUUUUUUUCUGCAUAGAAUCGGCCACCGAAAAUAUAGAGUGAAAUAUAUGUGGGCAAUUUUCUAAAGAUCUACAAGAAGAAAUUUUAUGGAUUUAUUCGAAUUAGUUUAAGAUUUAUAUACUUUACAUAUAUAUAUCUAUAUAUUGAUGAUAUCGUACGAUCGAUUUUGUUUGUGAUUUGAUUAUUCUCUCCUUUUUCUAUAUUGAAAUACGUGAUAAAUUUUUUAAUAUAAUAUUUACUCUA